CCCCGCCAUGGCCCCAUCCGCAGUCACCGCGACGUACAGCACGGCAGGGACCGUGUCGUCCCCGCUUGACCUUGCGACUGCGCGGGGCGAGCACGAGAGCGUGAGCCUGAAUGGCGGCGUCGCGAGGAAGAAGGUGUCGCCCGCGCCCAAGGCGACGCUGACGAGCUUGACGGUGAACAAUGCCGGCACGCUCCGCAAGAUCAAUUCGGUCGUCCUCCCGAUCGUGUACAGCGAAAAGUUCUACAAGGACGUGCUCGACCCCGAGCUCGACGAGAUCAACAAGCUCGUGUACUACGCCGACAUUCCCGUCGGCGCGUGCUGUGCGCGCAUCGAGGUUGUCGGGAGCAAGACCCAGCCGCUGACGCUGGCGAUUUUGACUCUUGCCGUCCUCGCCCCAUACCGCUCCCAAGGCCUCGGCGCCGCGCUCGUCAAGCAGGCCCUCCGCGCCGCGCUGCACCCCACCGCCCCGCCCCCGCCCACGCCGCCCGCCUCCGGCCCGACGACCCGCGGAGCCCUCCAGCCCGCGCCGCCACGCAAGCCCAUUAACCGCGCCCUCGUCCACGUCCAGGUCGGCAACGACGCCGCGCGCCGCUUCUACGAGCGUCUGGGCUUCAAGGAGGCUGGAGUCAACGAGACGUACUACUCCAAAAUGGACCCCCGCGCCGCGUGGAUCCUCGUCCUCGACGACAUUGCCGCGUCCCUCGGCGAGGGCGCCGCCAACGGCGAGAGCAAGUAGGCGUGAGCAUGCUCCCACGACAUGCUCUCGCAACCAUCGGAUACUGUAGAUAUCAACAAUGCACCUGCUGCACACCA